CCAGGCGCGUUUUUUGUCAAAUGUUCGCCGAUCUUUUUACCAAUAGCUUUUUUUGCUUUGUCUAGCACUUGCCUCGCACUAGUGGAUGGAACGUGUAGGCUUUUUGUUUGUGAACUAUCGUAUAAAAUCGUAAUAACGAUAAAGUGCAGCAGGUGAAAACAUUGCGUAAUUGUAACACAAAUGAAAACAUUGAACUUGCAAAGGCGGCAACGUUCACAACGAACUGUAGCAACGGUUCGGCUUUUCGUUGGCGCGCGUUAUUACGUUUGUCGGUGUGCUUUGUCGACUUUAUAAAUUGAACUGGAGAAUAGAGUUAACUCUCGCAUCUAUUGAGGCGAAUUACAUCGCCUAUUAUAGAAGUUUUUUUCGGCGAUUUUUAAUAAGUGAGUUGAGGAAACUAGUUAAGAAUGGAUUUCCUCGAAUUCUCUGAUGUUACCGCUGAGGUAAAGGGCGUCAUGAGUCCAGGAAAAUUGAAGAUGACAGAUCAGCAUCUUAUCUUCAAGAACCAAAAGACUGGCAAAGUUGAACAAAUCUCUGCUUCUGACAUGGAAAUGGUGAAUUAUCAGAAAUUUGUGGGAACAUGGGGACUCAGAAUAUUCCUGAAAAAUGGAACCUUGCACAGAUUUCAGGGAUUCAAAGAAGGGGAACAGGAAAAAAUAGCGAAAUUCUUUACUGCAAAUUACAAGAAAGAUAUGUUAGAAAAAGAACUGAGUUUGAAAGGUUGGAACUGGGGUACGGCCAAAUUCAAUGGUUCUGUGCUAAGUUUUGACGUCGGUCAUCAUACUGCAUUCGAGAUUCCGCUGUAUUAUGUUUCUCAAUGCAACACGGGAAAGAAUGAAGUCACGUUGGAAUUUCAUCAGAAUGACGAUGCACCAGUAAGUCUCUUAGAAAUGAGAUUCCAUAUUCCAGUGAGUGACAGUAUGGAACAAGAUCCUGUCGAAGCAUUCCAUCAGCAAGUAAUGAACAAAGCAUCCGUCAUCAGUGUCAGUGGAGAUGCAAUUGCAAUCUUCAGAGAAAUCCAGUGUCUAACACCUCGUGGUCGCUACGACAUCAAAAUAUUCCAAUCAUUCUUCCAACUUCACGGAAAAACAUUCGACUACAAAAUCCCCAUGUCCACUGUGCUCAGGUUAUUCUUAUUGCCACAUAAAGACAGCCGACAAAUGUUCUUUGUGGUUAGUUUGGAUCCUCCGAUAAAACAAGGACAAACACGAUAUCACUACUUGGUUUUGUUGUUCAAUCAAGAAGAAGAAACUUCUAUCGAACUUCCUUUCACAGACAAAGAGUUGAAACAAAAGUAUAAUGAUAAAUUGACAAAAGAACUAUCUGGCCCAACUUAUGAAGUUCUAGGAAAAGUAAUGAAGGCCAUAAGUGUUCGAAAACUCACAGGACCUGGUGGUUUUGUAGGCCAUACAGGAACACCAGCAGUUGGAUGUUCGUUCAAAGCAGCUGCAGGAUACCUGUACCCGCUAGAACGAGGGUUCAUAUAUGUCCAUAAGCCACCGAUUCACAUACGUUUCGAAGAAAUAGCCUCCGUUAACUUUGCGCGAGGUGGUGGAUCGACACGAUCGUUCGAUUUUGAGGUCGAAUUAACGAGUGGCGUUACACACACUUUCAGUAGUAUAGAGAAGGAAGAAUAUGGCAAACUCUUCGACUUCAUUACAUCCAAAAAGUUGAGAGUGAAAAAUAGGGGCAAAACUGAUAAGCUGAAGUACAACGAUGACUUUGGUAACAGUGAUCAAGAAGACGAACCUGAUGCCUACUUGGCAAGGAUUAAAGCAGAAGCCGAAGAACGAAAUGAGGAUGACAAUCAAGACUCUGAAUCCGAAUCCACCGAUGAAGAUUUCAAUCCUAAUCAGGAUGAAAGUGACGUUGCUGAGGAAUACGACAGUAACGUGAGCCCAUCGGACAGUGAUGCAGACUCCGAUGCAUCAGCUAGCAGUGAAAAGAAGGUCAAAGAGGCAAAGAAGGAGAAGAAGCACAAGGCUGCCAAGACUGUGUCUGAGAAGCCAAGAAAACCACGUAAACCAAAAAAAGAAAAAGAUGAGAACAAGCCCAAGCGUCCGACCACCGCUUUCAUGUUGUGGCUCAAUGAAACUCGUGAACAAAUCAAGGCAGACAAUCCCGGAAUCGUCGUUACUGACAUUGCUAAAAAGGGGGGAGAAAUGUGGCGAGCACUGAGUGACAAAUCUAAAUGGGAACAGAAAGCAGUGAAAGCAAAGGAAGAUUACGCUGCAGCCAUGAAGGAAUACGAGGCAGGCUUAGCUGAGACUGGUGGCAAGAGCAAAGAAAAACCCGAUAAGAAGAAAAAGGAAACUAAGAAAGAAGCACCAGCUAGUAAAGUGGUACCAAGUGGUUCAUUUAAAAGCAAAGAAUAUAUCAGUGGUGACGAAAGUAGCAGCGGCAGCGAUGAAGAGACGACUAAAAGUGGAAAGGACUCAGGGAAGAAAAAGAAAUCCGAUGACGAUAGUGAGGAUGACAAGAAGAAGAAAAAGGAAAAUAAAAGAUCUGCUGAAGAUGAUAGCAAGGGAGCGAAAAAAACAAAGAAAGAGGAGUCCGAUGUUGAAGAUAGUGAGUUUGAGGAGCCUGAGGAAGAUACGCCUGCAUCUAGUGAUGCCGAUUCCGAUUAGAGUAGUGAUCAAUCAUGAAAUGUUAAACACGGUGUUUGAACCAGCCAGCCAGAUAAAUUGAUUAUUGCAUUGUAA